GCAUGGUGCAAAUGGCCGGCCGCGGUUGAUUUUUGCAUGUUGUCUCGUCCGUGUCGCCGUCCGAUCCGCUUUCGAUGGGUGGUUAUCGCUGAUUAAAGUUAAUUAGAUAAUUGCAGUGGUGAGUGCGCGUCGUCUGCGGCCAUCAGGCGUUGGCAGCUGAUAUCCGAAAAUUUCGCGAACGCUUGCAACCGCGUUGUCAAGGUGAUAACGAAAAAAAUCACCGAACGCCUACUUUUCACACGCUGAAAAUACAAUACAAUGCAGUAAAUUUGCUGGUUAUCAACAACUCGAAAUCAAAAUGUCUCAAACUGAAGUGAACAAGUUACAACAGCACCUCGCACUGCUCAAAGACCAAUACGCAAAACUCCAGGCGAAAUACAAUGACCUCGAGAAGAAAUACUACAACAUCUCCGCCGGGAUGCAGGACACAGAAGACACAUUCGCAGCGCGACUCCUCAAAACCGUCGCCACCGUGCAUGACACAGCAACAUUCAGCGACAUAACCAUAACUCUCGGUCAGGGCAAAGUCACACACGCACACAAACUGGUCCUCUGCGCACGCUCGGAACUCUUCGACGAGGCAGCCCUGCAACAAUCACAACUCGACUGGUCCGAAGUCGACGCCGACGUGGGCACCAUACUAAUCCGCUGGUUAUACACAGACGAGAUCGGUUUCAGCGAUGAUGAAAUCACACUGAAACUCAUCCGCAAAGCGCAUGAAUUCCACCUCAACGGACUAGUCUCCGCCUGCGAGCAGAAACUCAUCGCAAGCGUCGAGGUACGCACAUGCGUCAAAUUUUACUCCGUGGCGGAGGAAAUCGAAGCUGAAGAGUUACGAGCGUAUUGCUCAGCGUUAAUCAGCGCACAUUGGGAUGACCUAGACCGUGGAGAUUUUGAACAUAUGAGUGGUCCAUUAUUAUACAAAAUGUUAAAGAGUAAAACUCAGCUACCUCUGCAUGCAGCUGUACGACUCCAACGUGAAGAUGUCGUCUUUCUCUGCCUGGUCGAGAAUGCAUCCAGACUCUCCGAUAUUGUAAACGUCUGGUCACCGUCAGGUGAACUCCCCCUGGACUUAGCUCUCCGCGCAAAGAACGAAAGCAUCACCAAAACCCUCGUCCAGCACAACGCAGACAUCAACAUCCGCGAUCAUGCCGGCGAAACACUCCUCCAUCGCGCCGUGCGUCAAGAAGACGCAUUCUCCGCACUAUUCUUAUUGGACGCUAACUGUGAUGCCACCACAACAACACGCAACGAGAACGAAACCGCUUUACAUCUGCUCGCCAACGCGCAGAAUCUGGAUGAUCAGCUGACAAUCGCCGAGAAACUCUUGAAUAAAAACGUUAAUAUUAACGCGCAGAAUAAACACGGAUUUACUGCGUUGCACAUAACAAUCAUGGCCGAUAACAAAGGAAUCUUCGAUCUUCUACUGUCAAACGAACACCUCGACGCUAACCUAAAAACAAACGAAGACCACACACCGUUGUACUACGCAUUGUUAAAGUACGAAUCCGGAGAAGAUUCCUACGCGCUUUGUUUGUUAAAACAAAAAGUACAAACAGACCCCCUAUACACGAAAAACAACGAUUCUUUACUACAAAUAUUACUACAAGAUGGCGCCACUAAUGCAGCGACGUUCCUAGUUGAUCACGUCCAUAACUACAACCAUUGCAACACCCUAGGCGAAACAUGCUUACACACAGCGUGUAAAAAGAACGCGCAUGAAUUCAUCGCGAAAAUGUUAUCCCUAGGCGCCAAUCCAAACAUACUCACCACCAGUGAACGACGCGCUGCGUUACAUUAUUGUAUCUUAGGUGAUGCACUCGAUGCAAUUGAUGCUGUAGUGCUAUACAAUCAACAAGAUGGCGCUAGCGCUGCGGGUGUCAAAGCUGAUUUUAAUAUACGUGAUGCGGAUGGUGAGACACCGAUUAGUUUGGCGUUGAGUAUGGGUAGGAAGCGAUUGGUCGCGGUGUUAAUUUCCGGCGGGGCGGAUGUGAAUGUGCGCAACGGGAAGGAUUUCACGCUGCUGCAUCAGGCUAUUAUGAAGGAGGAUCCGGAGACUGCGUUGUUCUUAUUGGAACAUGGUGCGGAUAUAAAUGCAAUGACUUCGGAUUAUGAAAGUCCGUUGCAAUUGGCGAUACAUUGUCGUCUAGGGGAAGUUGUCGAUGCACUGUGUUCGAAAGGUGUGGAUAUGUCAGCCACAGACAGGUUAGGCAACUGUCCACUGUGGGCAGCGCUGGAUUCCGGGCAGGAUAACAUCGCGAGUAUCUUGGUACGUCAUGGGGCGGAUACGGAUUGUUGGGGGAAUGGGCCAGAGGGAUGUCAACAGACCUUAUUACACAGGGCUAUAGAUGAGAAUAAAGAAGCAGUCGCCAUUUUCCUCGUGCAAGCCGGUUGUGACUUGGAUUCACCGCGCAUGCCCGGCCCAAAAGGCGAAGGCGGUGAUGAGGCGAAAGAUAAAGCCUCAUCGUUGCAUUUAUGUUGCCAAUGGGGUUUGGAUAGAGUUGUACAAACGUUAGUUGAACACCGCGCGAAUGUAAACGCGCGUGAUUGUGAAAAUAAAACGCCGUUGCACUUGGCGAUCGAAAAUCAACAUCCGGCGAUUAUCUCGCUAUUGUUGAGCGUGCCCGAGAUCGAUUUGAGUCUGCGUGAUAAAUCGGGGCUGAGUCCGUUUGCGACUGCGUUGACUGUGCGCAAUAACAAAGCUGCGCAGUCGAUACUUGAUAAAAUGCCAUCCGCUGCCGAGCAGUUUGAUGCGAAAGGUCACAACUUUUUACACACCGCCAUUAAGAAGGCUGAUCUUGAAAGCGUGCUGUUUCUGCUGUCAAUUCAAGUGGAUGUCAAUUCAAGAGUGCAAGAUCCGACACUAACGCCACCUAUACACCUAGCGGCGCGCUGUGGUAAUGAAACCCUAUUACGCAGUUUAAUACUUGCAGGCGCACGGAUAGAAGAUAGAGAUGUUCAUAAGCAAACCGCCUUACACGUCGCCGCAACCGCGGGUAACGCACCCGGAGUAUUGGCGCUGUUACAAAACAACGCUGAUUUCGACGCGGUUGAUAUGAACGGCGAUAAUGCGCUGCAUGUGGCCGUACGUGAAGGUCAUUUGAAUGUUGUUCGUGUCUUAUUGACUGAAUCAACGAUAGACGCCGAAGCAGUUAACCUGAAAGGCCGCAACCCGCUGCACGAGCUGUGCAAACACGGCAAAGACAACUCGGCCGCCAUUUGCGAAUUGUUCCUCGAGUGCAUGUCGGACUACCCUAUCAACAAAGCCGACGUUGACGGCAACACGCCAUUACUACACGCGUAUAUGAAAGGUAAUGGUAACUUAUGUCGUGUAUUAGUCAAGGCAAGCGCUAGCCUUGCGAUGGAGAACCACGAACGUGUCACCAUCUUCAACUAUCAGGUGGCAACCAAACAAUUAUUAUAUAGGUUACUCGAUCAGCUCUCACAGCAAGUCCCAUGGGCAUCCACCGACAUGUGCCAGGAAUGCGGCGUAAGUUUCACGAUCAUGAUCCGCAAGCACCAUUGUCGACACUGCAGCCGCGUGCUGUGCUCGAAAUGCUCGGAUCAAGAAGUGCCGAUUAUUAAAUUCGGCGAGAAUAAACCCGUGCGCGUCUGCAAGGUGUGCUUCGACGUGCUGAAAUCCGGCGUUGGGCCAUAACCUCAAUCCUGACCCUCCUCAUAACCUAUCAUCAUCAUCAUCAUCAUUAUCAUCAGCCAAAGGUAACAAACAUUCCCAUUAAUAAUAAUAAUCAUAAUAAAAAUAUGAAAAAGUUCAACUAAACACGCGUUUAGUUGUUAAAUUUACUCUUUAUAUACAGUGUGUCCGCGCAUAGACCUAACAGACGCAUUGUAUAAUUUUUAUAUAUUAUAUUAAUUCAGAUUAAUAAUAUUACAAGUGUAUAUAAA